CCUCACUCUUCCCUUCAUCUCAUCACAUCUCAAUACAUAUAUAGAUGGCGAGGUUCAGUGCGUGUAUGGUGCUGAUCGCUCUGAUCAUAGUCCUCUUGGCUGCAGCGACCACCGCGGAGAUCGUGAAUCCCGGGAGGGAGUCGCAGCGUUGCCGUCAGCAGAUUGAGAGGCAGAGGCUGAGCUCUUGCCGGGAGUACCUGAUAGAUAGCAGCCGACCAGUGAUGAUGGAGGGCGGAAAUCAGGGGCGGAGCUGGCGGGAGGAGUUCCCCCGGUGCUGUGAGGAACUUGAGCGGAUAGACGAGCAGUGUAGGUGCCAAGCUGUACAGCAGGUAGUGCAGCAAGAACGACAAGGGGGAGAGCUGCAAGGGAGAGAGCUGCAAGAGAUGCUGCAGACGGCACAAAGUCUGCCCAGCUUAUGCCGCAUCUCACCUCGCUACUGUCAGAAUAUGGGAGAAGUUGCUGGUCCUAUGUUUUAGACAAUUAUAUAUAUAUAAAAAUAAAAGGAGGUUGGUGCCUGUUUUUGCAGGCUCAACCCUCAUCAUGAUCUGAUCUUGUCUCUAAUUAAUGAUAAUUAGUUAGAGUGAUGAUGUAACAAAACUAGCACUCAUCUAUUGCUUAUGUCUUUAGUAUACUAA